CGAAUCGUAUUCGAAAUAUAGAAAACUUCAGAAUCACUACAAGACCAGACGAAGCCGCCUCCUCCUCCUCCAUCUCCAUCUGCCGCUCAACCUGAACUUCCAAAGCUCAAGCUCUCUCUCUUUCCCUCUCUACAGCAGAGAGAGAAGGCUCUGAUCAUAUAUAUACAUAUAUAUAUAUAUGAUGAAUGGAAUGGUGAUGGGUGGUUCAGGAAACAUCAACAGCAACUAUGAUUACUCAUUCAAGAUUCUGUUGAUAGGCGAUUCAGGCGUUGGCAAGAGCACCCUUCUUCUCAGUUUUAUCUCCAACGCCCACUCUCACCAGAAUCUCUCCCCAACCAUUGGUGUUGAUUUCAAGAUUAAGCAGCUAACGGUUGGUGGGAAGAGAGUAAAACUGACAAUCUGGGACACCGCUGGACAGGAACGGUUUGGUACGUUGACAAGAUCUUACUAUAGAGGUGCACAUGGAAUUAUUCUUGUUUAUGAUGUAACAAGGCGAGAAACGUAUACAAAUUUGUCAGAAGUAUGGUCGAAGGAAGUUGAGCUCUAUUCUUCGAAUCAGGAAUGCGUCAAGAUACUAGUCGGGAAUAAGGUGGACAGGGAAAGGGCUGUAACCAUAGAAGAGGGGAUGGCUCUUGCACAGAAGCAUAAAUGCUUGUUCUUCGAAUGCAGUGCUAAAACUAGUGAAAACGUGCGACAAUGUUUCAAGGAGCUCAUAUUACGGAUACUAGAGACGCCCAGCUUAUUGGAGAAGGGAUCGAUAGUUGUGAAGAAACAAAUCUUGCAGCAGAAACAAGCAUGCCAGCAGGCACAUACCGGCAACUGUUGCUCCUCCUAGUCGAUCAAUAUACGCUGCUAAAUGGAGGCACAACACAAGCCCGGUUCAAGUCAUCCAUACUGGAUGCCCUGGCUAUUCUGCAUAGAUCAGGUCGACUGCCGGACCCUUUGUAAUCAGUUGGCAUGGCCUGACACAACCUUGAUCAGUCGGCGUAGAUGGAGACACUGUUUUCCAAUGGCAGCGAUGGGCUUGCUUUGCUGCUCAAGUAUAUAUAUAUAUAUAUAUAUAUAUAUGCAAAAUUAUGGUUUGUUGUAGCAAAUUGUUAGCUUACACACACACACACGCACAAGUGCUGUUCUUUCAUUUGUUAGGCUUUUGUUUUUGGGUCAAUUUUGGAGCUGAGAUGGUUGGACACAUCUGAAAGGAAAACUAAGCAAUUAGGAGUGAGUGAAAUAUAUGAACACAAAUGGUUCUGUAACUUAGUUUUAUGUGCUAUACAAUAGAUGAUGGUGAUA